UCAUAGGUCACGAGAUAUAUGGAUAGGGAAUGAUAAUAUGAUUUUGAACACAAGAAAAUGUGAUGGGAAGUUUUGGGACCUAGUAAAUGAACAUCCCAUUCAUCCACGAGUCCUAGAUGUGAUUAAACUAUCUGGAUUAUAUGGUGUUUAUAGGUCUCAUAGGCCUGUAAUUGAUCGUAGCUUAAUCACCGCACUAGUUGAGAGAUGGCGGCCUGAGACUCAUACAUUCCACUUUAGGACGGGUGAGAGUACGAUCACUUUACAGGACGUGGAGAUAUUGUAUGGCUUACCCGUGAAAGGUAAUGCGGUAGUUGGGUAUGAGCCACAGAGGUCUGUAGUGGAUUGGCAAAAUAUUUGUCAAAGAUUAUUAGGUUUUAGUCCACAACCUCAAGACUUUAAACAUAGUAGUCUCAAGGUUUCUGCGCUUAAUGCACACUUGCGACUUCAACCACGAUUACCCGACUUGGCAACACAGGAUAUGGUCAAUGAGAAAGCUAGGUGUUAUAUGUUUUGGAUGAUUGCUGGUUUACUAUUGGCAGACACAUCUGGUGGUCUUUUAAAGCUUAUGUACUUGCCUAUGCUGGAGGAUAUCACUACAGUAGGGUCUUACAGUUGGGGUAGUGCAACCCUAGCAUAUUUGUAUCGUUUUCUUUGUAAAGCCUCCCAAAGUAGCCAAAAUGAGAUUGCUGGAUUCCUACCACUACUUCAGAUUUGGGCAUGGGAGAGAGUUACCGUCCUUACGCCUCAGAUUGUAGCAAAAAGAGAUACAAGGAAUAUUUUCCCUGUUGGUUUACCAAGGGGUCCACAUGCUGCUAGAUGGUAUGCACAUUUUAGUUGGACCGACACUACCAAACACGUGUUAAGAGUUUUCAGGGAUGCGCUGGAUUCCAUGACAGAAGAUCAGUUUAUUUGGGAACCAUAUUCUUCUGACAUAAUUGAGAGUCUUCCCGAAUAUUGCCGCGUUGGAAGAGACAUAUGGCGUGCUAGAGUUCCAAUUUUUUGUUGGGAUGUUGUUGAGGUUCAUUUACCCGAUCGAGUUAUGAGGCAAUUUGGAUUGGUACAAGCGAUACCAUCUUCAUUUGCAUUUGACGCUACACAUUUUAACCAUGAUCGUCGAGGAAGAUCAAACACAAAUUGGGAGUUAGAGCAUGCACAAUGGUUGCAUUUUUGGAACCAUAUUGAUCAAUAUGUAUGGAAUGCACCAAUCCUUCAUGGAUCACUUCGGUAUGAUGAUCCCUACCUUAUUUGGUUUAGACGUAUUACUCGUUUUAUCAUUGGUAAUCCUAUUUCGAGUCCUCAACAACAACAAGGUUACGUGCCUAAUGCGACGACAUACGAAACAAUGGUGCGUCAUAUUCAUUUGAUGGUUAAUAAAGCAAUAUCUCUCGGUGAAAAUCCAUCAAUGGAGGAAUUUUACGGGUUUCGUGCAAUGGUGCGGGAUGAAGGAUCUAAUUGUUUGGCAUAUGUGCAAGAGGCAGAUAGGACUCAUGUUCAAGCAAAUUAUAGAAGAGAGGAGAUAAUGUCUGACCAUUUGCAUCCUCCUAUUCGUCGGCGAGGAAAAGGUGGUGUUGCGGGUAGGAAGGUACGUGCUAUUGAGAGAGGUCGAGUACCCAUUGAAAUGAGUGAAGAUGAUCAAACCACACAACAUUCCCAAGCAGUUUUGAAUUAUGAACCAACAAACAUUGAGAAUGUGACGUACACGACACCACAGACUCCACAAAUAUCAAGGAACCCAAGUCUUUCAUCACUUGAAAAUGUAUUUGGUAGUAAUCAACCUCAACAUUUUGACAACGCCCCAAACUUUGUGGAUGGUGAUGAGUUGGAGGAUGCGAAUCAAGGUGCAAGCCAAGGUGGUGAACCAUUAGUGAAGAAAAAGCGUACAAUCAUUCCUAAGCUUUGUAGGACUGGGAGUCAUUAUCUUAAUCAGCACGGCCAAAAGAACAAAACAAAAGUUUCUGUGUUGACAAAGAAAAAAGGCAAAGGAUGAUUCUGUGAACCGCCCCAGACUGUGGUGGAUUA